GCUGACCCUUCUGCUAUUAGGUAAUUGCAUCCACAUAAAGAAACUAUUGCUUUGAAAAAAGAAUUCUCAACGUGAAAGGAUGCAAUCCGUAUGUUGUAUCUGAGUAACUUUUCAGGAUAUUUUCAAACAUUUAAGUGGAACUGACAACCAAAAAAAUGGACCGAUAUCUAAAAAACAUUCUUAUCAUUUCCUUUGGAUUCUUGCUUCUGUUUACCGCUUUUGGAGGGCUCCAAAGUUUACAGAGCAGUCUGAACGCAGAUGAAGGUUUGGGUGUGGCUUCCCUGAGUAUUAUCUAUGGAGCACUCAUCAUUUCGUCAGUCUUCGUUCCUUCUAUUUUGAUUAAGACAAUUGGAUGCAAAUGGACCAUUGUUGCUGCUAUGUGUUGUUAUCUCACAUAUUCUAUAGGAAACUUCUAUGCAAGCUGGUACACACUCAUUCCAACUUCCAUGAUUUUGGGAUUUGGAGGAGCUCCCUUGUGGGCUGCAAAAUGCACAUACCUUACAGUGAGUGGAAAUCGAUAUGCGGAGAAAGCAGGAAAGGUCGCAAAAGAUAUUGUCAAUCAAUAUUUUGGACUUUUUUUUCUUAUAUUUCAAUCAUCUGGUGUAUGGGGGAAUCUGAUCUCUUCAUUAAUAUUUGGCCAAACACCAACUACAGGUUACAACUUGAGUACUUCAAGCUAUGAACAUUGUGGGGCAAAUGACUGUCCAUAUUUGAAUAUUACUAAUGCAAAUUCUACAAGUUCAACACAACCAACACAGAGCUUAAAAUAUACUCUUUUAGGAAUAUAUACAGGAAGUGGAGUGCUUGCUAUUGCUCUCGUUGCUAUAUUCUUGGAUAACAUUGAUUUAAAUACAAGACAGGCAAAGGAUGACUUUAAAGAAGAAUCUUUUGAAAAACAAAUAAUGGCAACUAUUAGGCAUCUAAAGGAUAAGCGUCAGUGUCUUCUCAUCCCACUAACAAUGUACAGUGGUUUUGAACAAGGAUUUCUUGCUGGUGAUUAUACAAAGUCAUACGUUACAUGUAGCCUUGGAAUACAUUUUGUUGGCUAUGUGAUGAUUUGUUUUGCAGCAACCAAUGCGAUAUGCUCUUUGUUAUUUGGAAAACUUUCCCAGUACACAGGAAGAAUAUUUCUUUUUUCCAUGGCUGCAAUCACAAACAUAGCAUGCAUAAUAGCAUUGCUUUUAUGGAGACCUCACCCAAAUCAGCUUGCAGUGUUCUUUAUAUUUCCUGCAUUAUGGGGUAUGGCAGAUGCUGUCUGGCAGACACAAACUAAUGCUCUCUAUGGAGUUUUAUUUGAUAAGCACAAGGAAGCUGCAUUUGCCAAUUAUCGCCUUUGGGAGUCUUUGGGAUUUGUCAUUGCCUAUGGCUAUAGCACAUUCUUAUGUGUGUCUGUGAAACUGUAUAUUCUUGUGUCGGUGCUAGUACUUGCAAUGGUGCUUUAUGGAUGUGUUGAAUAUCUUGAAAAUAAAAAAGUUCCCAGCACUGACUCACAAAAUAAAAACAAUGAAACUCAAUAUACACAGACACAUAUGUAGUAUUUACAUUAGAUUAUGUUUAAACAGCUCACAGGUGCCUGAUUGUUUUUAAUUUCUAACUGUGUAAAAUAAAUGUACGACGCUUA